AACGCGAACCCUAAUCUGAAAUCCUUACCGCGUUUCUUUCCUCUCCGAACAAAACCCUAGCAUCUGUGCAGGCUCCGCGACCACUAUGCCGCCCAAGUUCGAUCCUUCCCAGGUCGUCGAGGUAUAUGUCCGCGUCACGGGUGGCGAGGUUGGUGCCGCGAGUUCCCUCGCCCCCAAGAUCGGUCCCCUUGGUCUUUCUCCUAAGAAAGUCGGAGAAGACAUCGCUAAGGAGACUGCUAAGGAUUGGAAGGGCCUCCGUGUCACUGUCAAGCUAACCGUCCAGAAUCGUCAGGCUAAGGUCUCCGUGGUGCCAUCUGCGGCAGCCCUAGUCAUCAAGGCGCUCAAGGAACCGGAGCGCGAUCGAAAGAAGACCAAGAACAUCAAGCACAAUGGAAACAUCUCUCUCGAUGAUGUCAUCGAGAUUGCGAGGACCAUGAAAACUAGAUCCAUGGCCAAGGAUCUUUCAGGCUCUAUCAAGGAGAUCCUGGGGACGUGCGUUUCUGUCGGAUGCACCGUUGAUGGCAAGGAUCCAAAGGAUCUGCAGACUGAGAUCUCAGAAGGAGAUGUGGAGGUUCCCCUCGAGUGAGAAUCUAUCAUUCGUUGUUAUGCUUUUUUGUCCCCAGUAAUAAUUUACUUUUAAUUAGUUUUUUUUCUUUCCAAGGCAAAGACGACUAAAAUUAUGGAAUUGAAUCCUAGUUGAUUACAAUUUUGAAGGUAUUUUGAUGAUUUCUUUCUGUAGCACCAAAGUGAGACCUUUUUUUUAUUGAUCUUUGUCCUUAUUUAUUGUUU